UACGUUGGAGUAACGUUAGCCAGCUGGCAGCAGGAAGGAGAAUAUUAGGGAGUUAGCUCGCUGCUCCUGGAGUCAAUGGGCAUAGGACGUUUGUGUACGUGGUCAUGAAUAGAAGACACACUGAUGGUUUUAAUGUAUCUGGAAAUUGAGCUUUUAUGAUAUCUCGUGCAGAAGUUGCAUGAGAUUUAAUUCUUUAUGCCGCAAUUGAGCUGUACACGAGACCACAUUAUUUAAUAAGGACCGAGUAUUUUUUUCCAUAGCAGCACUAGCGAGCUAGUCGCCACACCGCAGAACGGGGAUUGUGGAGACCGUGCUGGUGACCACCUGCCGGUGGAACCUUUCGCGAGCAGCCGGGCGGCAGGAGAGAGGGGACGUCAGGAGCUCUGCAAGGUGGUUCUCUACGACUGACAGAUGUGUGAGGUCACAGAAGCACAGAGACAUCCCUCUGAGGAGAACUGAAUUCUGGGAGUUUGGGUCCUCCUCUCUGUCCCUCUGACAGGGGAGGCGAGUGUUCAGUAGAACAUGUUGGGCUCGGAGAAAGGAGUCGUGCAAGAAUGGCUCUCGGAAUUUAAGACUUUGCCUGACACCCAGAUCCCCAGCUACGCGGACAGCCUCCAUCUGAAGAAGUCCCUGGUGCCUGCACUCUACCAAGUCAUCCAGGACCCCAACAACGAGCUGCUGGAGCCGGUGUGUCACCAGUUAUUUGAGCUCUACCGCAGCUCUGUGGACCGUCUCUGCCGCUUCACACUGCAGUUCCUGCCAGAGCUGGUCUGGGUGUACUUGCGUGUCACGGCCAGCAGGGACCGCCAGAGUAAUGGCUGCAUUGAAGCCCUCCUGCUGGGCAUCUACAACCUGGAGACUGUUGACAAAGAGGGAAAUGGGAAGCUGUUGUCAUUCACAAUCCCCUCCAUUUCCAAACCAUCAAUAUACCACGAGCCGUCCAGUUUGGGGUCCAUGGCUCUGACGGAGGGGGCGCUCAUCCACCACGACCUGAUCAAGGUGGUGUACUGCGGCCUGCACCCCCAGAGAGAGACGUUCACUGCCCAGAACAGGUUCGAGGUCCUCUGUUUCCUUAUGCUGUGCUACAACUCCUCAGUGGUCUACAUGCCAGCCUCCUCCUAUCAGUCGGUGUGCAGGAUGUGCUCACGGCUGUGUGUGUGCGGGUUUCCACGGCAGCAGGGGAAGGCGUGGCAGGAGCCCUGUAACCGCGUGCUAUUGGACCCUGAGUUCAUGGUGCAGAUGUUGACAGCUGUCUAUCAUGCCAUAUACAAUGGUGAGUGGGAUCUGGGGAGAGAGGCCCUGGAUGACAUCCUCUACAGGGCUGAGCUGGAGCUCUACUCUCAGCCGCUUCUGGUGGCCAACGCUAUGAAGCGCUCCCUUCCAGCCAACGCCCCAGACGCUUCCCAGGGACGCAAGAUCCUUCAGGUGGAAGUGACGCCCACGGCGACCCGGAUCUCUCAGUCCGCCAUCACUGCUGCCUCCAUCCGCCGCCUCCGCUGGAAGAGAGAGGAUUGUUUUGACUUCUCGAGCGAUGCCGAGUUGAGCCUCGCCUGCACCCCCAGCCGCCGCGCCUCCCCGGACCCGCCCGCGACCAAUCCGGAGCGAGGAGGGCGGGUGCAGUCCAGCGUGCCCCCCGCCGCGCCUGAGGAUGCCGAUGGCAUGAGCGGGGAGGACGAGUCCUUCACCCUGAACGACCCGGACGAGGGCUUCUCCUCCGGAGCCUCCAGCAGCAGCCAGCCCAGCGGGACCAAGCCGGGGCCCGGGGUCGGGGUCCGGGUCGAGGCCCCGGGCGUCGGCCCGAGGAGCGGAAGCGGCCGGAAGCACAGGGACCCGUCGGCCGACCCCCAGGCGGUGCUGCGCAGGCAGCAGCAGCGGAGGCAGUCCCCGCCCCCGGCCCUCUCGCCGGACGCCAUCGAGCUGAGCCCCGCCCGGAAGCGCCUCAGCUACCCGGCCGGCCGCGCGGUGGUCCGGACCGGCAGCACCUCGUCCAGCAAGUCCUUCGACUGCACGAACAUCACCCUGAACGGGAGCCAGGGGAGCGAGGGGACCCUGGAGGGGGGGACCCUGGAGGGGACUCUGGAGGGGACGCCGGGGACGGCGCGUCGCUUCUCCGCGGGCAGCCUGCAGGACGAGCAGCUGGGCCGGCCAGAGGAGGAGGAUCAGGACCUCCUCUCGCCCGGCACGCCCCUCUCCAGGGAGUCCCGCUCGCCCAGCUUCACCAUGCAGAUCAUAUCCCAGGUGUAGCAUUGCGGCGGGGAGAGGGUGACAUCACAGGUGGGGGGCGUGUCCUGCACUCCUUUCUCUCGCAGCGGGAGGUCAGGAGGAGAAGGCGGUCUCUAUGUAAUUUCAGCCCAUGAAGGAGAGGGACUGGACUCCUCUGGCAGCCAGUGGGAGAAGUCACCUAACGUGUAACUCCGCCCCACCAGUCUGCAGAAAGCUGUCCCAUCCAAUCAUCUUCUCUGACUAACCAGAGAAUUCCGUGUCCCUUUCUCUUAGUACCCAAGCUACAUGGCUUAAAAUGAAAACAAAGGAAAACAAAACACAAUGUCUAUUGUUAAUCAAUAUUAGAAAUUCAUUGUGGGUCUGUAACUUAAUCCUGAGAUUAAAAUAGUCUAUAUUUUGUAUCAAAUCAGCAAUAAGACUACCAAUGCUACUUGGAAAAGAAUGGGCAUUUCCAAUGCCUUUCUGUUUAACCUUGAGGUGAUGUGCAAUCUUCAAUUGAUUCUUCUUUAUUUUAAAUCUUAAUUUAUGUUAGAAUUUAUCUGAUCUGUCUUGUUGAAUAGAUCCCAAAGAGGGCGGUUUUGAAUAAUUUUGUUCUUAAAUUUUUAUGAUGCUUUUUAAAAAAAACAAUCAGACCAAGAAAUACGCUGGUUUUUAAUUUCAUAAUUUCUACAAUAUUUAUAUUCAAAAUUAAUUCUAAACAAAUUGGAAUAUUUUCCUGCAUAAAUAUGUCAUUUUUGAAGAGUUCCCAGUCUUAAAGGAUGCUCCUGACAGGAGGAAUUGCCCAAAUAUGCUUUUAUUUUCUCCUGAUCAUUUGGAUUAAUAACACAAUCGCACAAAAGCAGAGACUUGAGUGUACCUGGCUGAUUUCUACGCAGAGUAUGUCCAUGUGAAUCCAUGUAAGUCCUGCCUCUUGCCCAAUGCAUGCUGGGAUAGGCUCCUGCCCUCCCCCCACCGCGAUCCUGACCAGGAAUAGGCGGGUAUGUUGGACGGGUGGAUAGAUGGGUCUGCAGCAACGCUGUACUGUUAGAUGCAGAAUGCACUGCUGUGAAGCUAGUUGUUGUCUGGAAAUCUCAUCGGAAAAUGUCUGUGUAUGUAAUGUGGCUUGUGACAGAUUUGUUUAUUUAACUGAAUUGUCUGCAGUUGACUGAGUGUCCACUCACAAGCUAUGUGCUGUCACUAAACAUCUGUUGUUGGAAAAGAAAUCGGACCAUUCCGAUUUUCCCUAUUUCCCACAAGCCUCCCCUCUACCUCAUCUUGUGUUCGUCUGACACUCAAACCCAAUAUUCCUCAUGCUUACAGUUUGGAAACUGUAUUCCCCUUAUUACUUUCUUUCUCUUGAAAGUCGUUACUGUACAAUGAGUUCCUCAUUGGGGAGUACCAGGGAAACUGCCAAGUUAAAUUCUAUAACCUCAUGUGAAAUCAUGAGGUGCUAGUUAAAGGCUAGCUGGUUUUGGCUCAAUCAGUAAAGACAUUUGAUGCUGUGUAUUAUUUCCUAUAUUGAAGAAGGAAACUUUCUCAUAUAUAUAAUCAUAUAUCUGACUAACAGAAAUCGGUGGCGUAGAGUGAACAAUAUGCACUUAUGUAUGUACGUUGUGUGUAUGUGGGUUGUGGGUACGGUGCGUAUACGUGUAUGUGGAUAUGUGUGUUUAUGUAUAUAUGUGUGUUGAGACUUUCUAUAACUGUCAGUCCCUCUAAGAUGGUUUUUUAAUAUACGUUUUGACUGACCAAUGCACACAGGGAAAAAAAAGGUUUUCCUUCACUUUCCCCGACCCCCCCCCUGCCAUUUUCAUCCUGUUUCCAUCACUGCAGCAAUCUGCAUACAUUUGGGAAGGUGGGGAUUAGAAUGUUCUCUGACAGGCACUAAGAUGGCCGCUCAACAGAAUUCCAUUGCAAUUGCAGCAUGUCACAUGACUUCAGAGCUCAUGCUGGCGGGUUACAGGUGCACAAUUAACCAGAGAAGUCUCUAGAAGCUGCCCCAGCUGAAGCUCUCUACAGUAUAUGGGCAAUGCUGUGGGCAGUUACGCAUCACGUGUAACCCACUGGCAGGGUCCAGCUUCACUCCAGCCAGUACUCUGUGGGAGUGCCAUAGCCCAGUGUGACACUUUGGAGUGUCUUCAUGAGAACUAAAGUGACCGGGACUAGCAGUGGUCCUGGUCUCAUUAGUUAAGAUCAUAUAUGACUAUCAUGCAUUAAAACUGCAGUGCCUUCCUUUGCUGUUUGAAAGUGUAAUUCCUGCACUGCACAGAUGGUGAAAAAGCCUGUCAUUGUAAUUACCACUCGGUGACAGGACCAUUUCAUUUUUAGAAAUCUGCUGGAGGUCACAGCAUUUCUGUUGAAAAGCUAAGCUGUGUUUGCAUGGCUCUUGUUCUGCAUCUCGGUAAUAAACCAGAUUUUAAAAAGCAGAAUUUUUUUCUUCGUUACAUUCGUUCGUCUUUAUCAGAUUGUGAGGGGCCCUCACCCUACCAGUUUAAACUGUCAGUAUGAAAUAUGUAGCGUGGUGAAUCGGUGUCUUAUUCAGUGGAAUGUGAAUGGGAAGAUUUCCCUUGGACCUGCUGUAUUAGUUAUAAUGGUUUCAGUGCACUUUAAAUUGUUUUCAGUGAAGCCCUUUUUUCCCACAAUAUAGAAUUUACUGCCCGUUUCAUUUUAAAGGGAGUGCUUGAAUUGAAUGCGUUCAGUGGUUUGAAAUCAUUUUUUGAUGUCUCAGCACUCCGCAUUUUAACAGUUGGGAGAACCCAUCUCUAACAAAGCAAAGUUCGGCCUUUUCCAGUCCCACCAUCACCCUUCUUUUACCUGAGUUCAGGGCCUCCGCCAUCUUAGAUUCCAGACUCAGCAUCAGCCUUAUUUACCAUGGAUUUUAUCUUAUUUUCUGUGCACAUUAAAUGAAUAGUGCUAAGUACUGACGGAGAUGUGCGUUAAAUAACAAGCGCACCCCUUAAUGUGAUGGUGACAGCAGUUAUCUUUGUUGGAUGUCUAAUUUAAAUGGAAACACCUUCAGACUGACAAUGGAAGCUCUCUGUCUGUCAAACUCCCACAAUGAAAGCACUGGUAAUGGUAAUGGAGUGUUUUGAUCUGUAUUAUGGUCUUGCAUAGUUAGAUAGCUUUGAAUGAACUGGACUAUGAUUGUUCAACAUGAAGCGAGAUUGAGAAGCUCACUGUUUAGUCUUAUGGGGGACUCCAGUGGCUGCAGUGUUAAUGUCCUGCAGUGUUAGUGUCAUGGCUGUGGUUGAAAUUCAGGGACCACUGAGCUUUUGUCAUUCUGAAUGAUACCAUCUCAUGGUGUAUUCUAGCACAAGUCUGAUUGACUUAUGGCUUGUUCAGUACAAAAUGUUGAAGGAUGCAUUCUCUUGUGUGAAAGAGAGCAGGACUGUGUCAGACUGGCUCUGUAUGUCCCUGUGUGUGAUUCAACAGAGCUGUGUCACACUGACUCUGUGUUUCCCUGUGUCUGAGAGAGGAGAGCUGUGUCACACUGACUCUGUGUUUCCCUGUGUCUGAGAGAGCAGAGCUGUCAGACUGCAUGUGAAGUGAAAGCUGUGCACUUGCAAUGCACUGUACCUGGACAUUCUACCUACAGUAUCCUCUGGAUGCCUACACCUCCUAAACAAAGCACACAAGUGCUGAUAUGAUUGACACCCUCAGUCUGCAUUUUAACUAGGGCAAGGGAACAGCUAUUUGCUUUGUUUCUUUGAAAACGGAAAAAUGCAAUUUGCUGGUGGGUACCAGGAUUAGGUUAACUUGUUUCAAAGGUCUCAAAUCUGGCAGUAGCCAUCUGUUUUGAUUAUAACAUUGAUAAGUUCUAUGCAACAUAUUUAAUUUUCAUUUUUAAAGAUAUUUUUAUUCUUUAUUCAAUUUAUCCCAAAUUAGACAAUCCAAGUAUACAACGGUCAAUCGUUACAACAUUGCAGAAUCUUCUGUCAGCUUAGCUAGCAGAGUAUCUGGGUAUUCAUUCCAUAUUCUACUCUGGAAAGGGAAAGACAAACUACCUUUUUCUCUGUAUUUGUGAGAGGAAGGGAGAGAGAGAGAGAGGGAUCAAAAGUGUGUGUGUGUGUCUUAUCGUACGGCUUCCACUGUUGUGAAGAUGGAAAAUGGCACUCGUGCAUGGAAUCCAUUCUCUUUGUAGCUGUUAUUUCAUAAUUGUUUGAUGCUGCUGACACAUAAAUUAAUAUAAUUAAUGAAUACAAUCUACAAUUAUAAUGAAAUUGAUAUGUACACCAUUGUACCACUGAUGUUGAAAAUGAAUACAAAUAUUUUAAAUCCUUGUAAAUAAAAAAUGUACAGAGAAUAAAGUGACUGCAAUACAAAGAGAUAUGUCUAUCUGUAAAAUGUUGAAUAAAUAUGGUGUUGAUUCCAAAUACUU